GAUAAACUUAUCGCUUCGUUAUUCUUUGAUGUGCAUGCUCUUCCUGGAGAAACUUUAGCAUUUAAAUUGCAUUUUUUCCACAAAAAUCUCUAUUUUCUCCCCUUGAAGGGCCAGAUUGAAAUCUCUAAUUUGCCCUUGAUUGAUUUCCAUUCUGCAAUUUUGUGAAAAAAUACCUAAAUUGUGGGAUAAAAAAAAAUCUGUCACCUCAAACUGUCAUUCAGAUUAUUCGGACUUUAUGGACCCGAAAGUGAGUCCGAUAGCCGUAAAAAGCAAAAGGGAAGAUUUUUGAUGAGAUUUGUGGUGAGAGAAGGAACAUUUCCAGCAUCAAUUGUGUGUGAUAAAGUGUACAGAGCCAUUAGCCAGGUGAUUGAGUGUACAGCGAGAUAAACAAGAGGGUGAUUACUUUUGCAAAAAAGGCCAUCAGUCGUCAAAGAUUUUCACAAUGGCGAAUCCCACAACCGGUGUUGUGGUGCCACGGAACUUUCGCCUCCUGGAGGAACUGGAGCAGGGUCAGAAAGGCGUGGGCGACGGAACGAUUUCCUGGGGCUUAGAAAAUGAUGAUGAUAUGACUCUCACCCACUGGACGGGAAUGAUCAUUGGACCGCCCAGAACACCAUACGAGAAUAGGAUAUACUCAUUAAAAAUUGAAUGUGGCGAAGGAUAUCCAGAUGACCCGCCAGUGCUUAAAUUCUUAUCUAAAAUUAAUAUCAAUUGUAUCAAUCAAAGUACAGGAGUGGUUGAUCAUAGACUAGUUCCAAUGCUGGCCAGAUGGAAUCGAGAAUACACGAUCAAAACAAUGCUACAGGAAAUCCGUAGGAUUAUGACAAUGAAAGAGAAUUUAAAGUUGGCACAACCACCAGAGGGCAGUUGUUUUUAGUGCUCUCCUGCAUAAAAAAAGUGAAAAGAAAAAAAAACCGUGAGAAAAAAAAGAAAAAUUAAAUCUUUUGUGUUUUUUGUCUUUUUUUUCCUUCACGAAAAACACGAAAAGAAGAAAAAUGAAGAAAAAUAAGACGUAAAGAAAUUUCACCACGGCUAAAAAAAACUAUUAGAUUAUCCCCAUUUUAAUUUAGAGUUUUUUUCUUUUGCUGUGUUUUAUAUUUUUUGUUUCUAUUUUUUUGAGAGAAUAAUGUUGGUAAAAAAAUAGUGCAUGACUGAGAAUGUUGAAGGAAGAUGUUGAAUAAAAGGAUUUUCUUUUUUUAUAAAUAAAUUUUUUUCAAAUACUUCAACGGAGUCAAGGCUUAAAACUAAAGAAAUUGCGCGGGAAAUUAAAAAAAAGAAACCAUGAAAAAGAUUAUGGAGAAAUUGUAGAGAGAAAAAUAAGAAAAAAAUGUUAAGUUAUUAUUUUUUUAUAAAUACAACAGCGAGAAUUGUGUAUGUAUAAAAAAUGAAUUAGAUUGUAAUUCACGGUGAACUAGAGACGAAGAAAAAAAUUCUCAUUUUAUUUGAAAGAAAAUGAGGAUUUUUUUAAAAAAAAUAAAAUGUAAAACACAAUCUCUAAAAAAGAAUAAACUUUAAGAGACAAUUGAUGAAAAAAUAAGAAAAAAAACUGAAAAAAAUAAACAAUAUUUAAUCGCUCUAUAAUAUUCUCUAAAAAAACAAGAUUUAUGAUAUAAAAUGAAAGCAAAGAUAAAAUGUGAAGUUAGUAACACGGAUAUUGGUCAAUUUUUUCUCCUAGUUUUUUUUUUUUGAUCUAUCUCACCCCAAAACUCAAAACGGUAGAUUUUUUGCGAGAUUUGUAGAGAUUUCUUUUUAAAAUUUUCUUUUAGACAAUUUCCAGUAAAUUCUCAUAAAUCCAUCAUUCUAAUUGCCUAUAGUAAAAAAAAAUCAGUUUUCGUUUAAGAUAAAUUAAAAAAAAAUAAUAAAAGAAUCCAAUGAAAAGAAAAUUUAGCUUCAAUUAUGUAAUUUAAAAAAGAAAUGAGAUAAAAUGAAAGAUUUUAAUUUUGAAAGAGAGAGAGAAAGAAAACCUCUUGAACAAUAUAGUUUAAAAUGAUUUAACAAAAAAGUAAAAUUUGAAAAAAAAGAUAAAGUGGAGAAAUGUAAGCUAAGAAAAAAAACCAAGAUGAUAAAACACCUUAAAAUGUAAUAAAAAAAAUCAGCUUUUAUCUUGAUAUAAUGCAUAUGAAAUAAAUUAAUUUUAAAUUUGA